AUGGCCUUCAAUGGGAAGGUGAUUGCCGUCACUGGAGGCGCUCAGGGCAUUGGGCUGGCUACAUCAAAGCUAUUAGCCAGCAGGGGAGCCAGCUUGAGCAUCGCAGAUAGCAAUCCUGCGACUCUUGCUCAGGUAGAGGAAGACUUCAAGGCCAAAUCCUGGCCAGUAUAUACCAGCUCUGUCGACAUACGCGAUGCCGAGAAAGUUAAUGAGUGGAUCGAAGCAACUGUUGAAAGAUUCGGCCGACUUGAUGGUGCUGUGAACGCAGCUGGGACCGUCGGCAAGUACCAUGGUCAAAAGCCCAUUGCCGAACUUGAGGAUGAAGAUUGGCAUCUUGUCUUGGGCGUUAACGUCACCGGAAUGAUGCAUUGUCUCCGCGCCGAGCUUCGUCAUAUUCAGGAUGGAGGAAGCAUUGUCAACAUCGCUUCGAACCAAGGGUCCAGAGGCGCCCCAGGCUGCGCUCCUUAUGCCACAUCGAAGCAUGCUGUCAUCGGCCUUACCCGAUGCGCAGCGCAUGACUAUGGCUCUCGUCAAAUUCGGGUAAAUGUUGUGGCUCCUGGAGGAACUCACGGGCCUCUGAUGAAGAGUGUGGUUGGUGAUAAACCUCCUCCCCCAGUUUCAGUGCUUGGCAAGUACGCACAGCCUGAGGAGGUGGCGUCGAUGAUCACCUGGCUUCUAGGGCCUGAGAGCACGCAUACUUCAGGCGAAAUCUUCCGUGUUGAUGGCGGUGAGUUCGCUUAA